AUGUCACUAAUUCCAAAUUCUUGGCAUUGGAAAGAAUUAAAAUUGGCCUUAACAUGUUUGCUAUGUUCUUUGCCGAUUGUUCUUUUCUUUUUAAUCAAUUUUCAUCUUGCAAUAAUAAUAUUUAUUUUAUGGUCAACAUUAAUUAUAAAUAUUGCGUAUUUUAAUCCAAUUAGUUUAAACAUACUUUAUGGAAGGUUUUUCUUUGAAUAUUUACUUGAGAGACCUGAUAUUUUAUCUCAACUUCGGCCACUUGGUUUAGAUUUAUUUAAUACACAGUUGUCCGAUUAUUCAUUAUCGUUCGAUGAACAUGUAGCCAAGCAAUUCCUAAAGGAAUUCGACUACCUGAAAUCAUUUAAAAAUAAGAAAAUGUCUUCUGCUCAAAAAGAAUCAUAUGAUGUCAUUGACUAUUUCAUAAAUAUGAAUUUAAAAAGAGAAUAUAGUGAUGAAUUUCGUUAUCAUAGUUAUCUCAUCAAUCAAAUGAUGGGUCCUCAAACAGAAAUAAUAUCAUUUAUAGUAAAAUAUCAUCGAAUACUAAAAUUAAAUGAUGCUGAAGCUUAUCUCAUUCGAGUACAAAGAAUAUCAAAGGCAUUUGAUCAGCUGAUUGAUCAACAAAUAGAACGACGUCGUAGAAACAUCGAGACACCUCGGUUUGUUCUUCAAAGAGUUAUUGAUGGUCUUCACGCAUUUCGUGAACAAUUACAAAAUGAGCCGAAUCACAGUCCUUUGAUGAUCUCGUUUAUUGAAAACCUCAACGACAGUAUUUGUUCGAAUGAAAAACAAAACGAAUUAAUCAGUCGUUUAUUAAAAAUUCUUCAAACGGAUGUCCUUGAAGCACAUGAUCGUUUAUUGAAUGUUCUUCGUGAAGAUUUAUCAAAUGCUACAACAGAUCAUGGUCUUUGGAAAUUGCCAAAUGGUGAUAAAUAUUACAAACUCUGUUUAGAAUUUCAUACAACAACAAAUAUGAGUCCAGAUGAAAUUUUUGAACUUGGCAAGAAACAUGUGGAAAGAAUUCAAAAUGAAAUGAGAAGGAUUUUAAAAGAAAAACAAAUUGAAAAUUGGCAUGAUUUUCGGGCAAGUAUCAAUAAAUUGGAACAUAACGUUGAUCAAAUAUAUGAAAAUGUUGAAGAAAGUCGUGGAAAAAUUAUUGCUGAUUACAGUCAACUCAUAGACAAUAUUGAUAAUGAAAUGCAUAGAUAUUUUUCACCUGCAUGUCAACCAAUAGCAAAAUGUACUGUUGAACGUGUACCUAAAUUUAAAGAAGCAACAUCACCUGGUGCUUAUUAUUUUCCAGCAUCACUUGAUGGUAAAACACCUGGCACAUUUUUUGCAAAUCUUCGAAAUAUUGGCGAAGUCAUUAAAUUCAAAAUGGCUACAUUAGCUUAUCACGAAGCUGUUCCAGGCCAUCAUUUUCAAAUGAGUAUUGCUCAAUCACUUAAACAUCUACCAAUUUUUCGGCGUAUGAUUCCAUUUACUGCUUAUCUGGAAGGAUGGGCUUUAUAUACAGAACAAUUAGCAGCAGAAGAAGGCUUUCAUAAAUCAUGGCCUAGUUAUAUUGGAUACCUUGAUGCUCAACUUUUUCGAUCAUGCCGGCUUGUUGUUGACACAGGUAUCCAUUGGAAACGAUGGUCACGUGAACAAGCUAUUGAUUACAUAGUAGCCAAUACAUGUAUGCAAAAGGAAGAAGCUGUUACAGAAGUAGAACGAUAUUUUGUAUAUCCUGGGCAAGCAUGCGCUUAUAUGGUUGGAUGUCAAGUCAUUUUAUCAUUACGAGAAAAAGCUCGGUUAGCACUUGGCGAUAAAUUUGAUUUAAAAGAAUUUCAUGAUGCGGUUUUAUUGCAUGGUUCAUUGCCGUUGAACAUAUUAGAAAAUAUUAUUGACGAAUAUAUUAAAACAAAAGCUCAGCCAAAGUGA